AUGCGGGGCAUGGGGUUCGGAAUUCCCAGCUGGGUGUCACAACUGAUCCUACGAUCAAAUUGGCGUGCUGGUGCAGUCAAUAUCACAAUUGGGAGCGGCCGAGAGGCAGGCUGGAAGCAGGCUGCGGCUUGGCUGUUGGGGGCCGUCAGCAGAACGGCUUGGCUCAGGACUCAGCUGCGCAGAAAUAGACUCCCGUUGGUUGGCGAUGACAUGGAGAGAGAAAGCAGAGAGUAG